CUACGCUAGACAUCGGUCAGUCGGUAUCUACAUUUUCGUGCAACAGUUCCCGCAGAAAAUUUUCAAUUACGAAUAGAUAAAUUUAAACCGGCUGGAGGUUAGAACACAUUGAUAACGUCAUCGUAAAGAAUGUCUUCCGAAAAGGAAAUUGAAGUCCAAACAACAGCCGUGGAGAACCUCAAACUGGAAAAUGGCGACGCACAACCUCCACCAUCCCCCUCCAAUGUCACCUUCGAGGAAAAUUUCAAGAUUUUCGCGAAAUUCGGCGAUCCCAAAUCGGACGGAAAACAGAUCACCCUGUCCAACAGCGACAAAUGGAUGAAGCAAGCGAAAAUCAUCGAUGGCAAGAAAAUCACCACGACCGAUACCGGCAUUUAUUUCAAGAAGCUGAAGUCGCUCAAGGUUGGCAUCGUACAGUAUAAACAGUUCUUGGAGGAUUUAGCGAAGAACAAAAAGGUGGAGGUGUCCGAAAUUUUGGAGAAGCUGAGGACUUGCGGAACACCAGGCCAUCAUGGUGUGGGAAAUGUGAAAGCGACAGGCACAGUCGACAGACUGACUGAUACUUCCAAAUAUACAGGCACGCACAAACAAAGGUUCGACGAUACAGGAAAAGGCAAAGGGAUAACAGGAAGGAAAGACUUGCCAGAUGGUUCUGGAUAUGUGACGGGAUACCAGAACAAGGAUACCUUCGGAAAAACUGAAAAAUAAUGGAUAACUAUGACCUUCCUUAUUUCUACAUUCUCCAGAUUUACAUGGUCGUGUCACCCUGUGUAUUUUUUUCUAUCAUAUACUCGAGAAUAAUUGUGAGACCAAGAUUAAAUAUUAUUUGUACCUAAAUGUUAUAGUUAUAAGUAGCUUUGUGUAUAUCGAUAAUUUUGAGCAAUACAUGUGUACCUAUAUUUAUAUGUUAAGCAUCCACUUUUCCGAAGUUAUCAACACACAUAGAAAACAACCGUAUAUUUAUAGGUAUUCUUCCAUUUCAUUGCCAUGAUAUAUAAAUCUAUUUCAACUUCCAGAAUGAUAAAUAUAUUUUGGAGAAUACUCUUUAUAUCAAAUAUAAAAUUUAAGAUGAGGAAAAAAUAUAAUUGUUAUAGUUUAUAUUACUUUGUUUUGUAAAUAUCAAGAAUGAUAUGUGGGAUAUUAUAGUAUUCUAGUAAU